AUGACAGCAGGAUGGGAUUAUUUUUUCCCCCACAGUACAGGAAAGUGUGCAAUGUAAAACAUCCCAGAUAAACAGUAGAUCAUGGUGUUUACAGAGCAUGUUUCUUUCAGGUCACAUGCUUGAAUGUGACUCAGUGUUGUAUCAUCAGAAUCUGUUAGUCUGUUGUGGUCAUUACACUGACUCAUUUUAGGCUGACUGAUUUAUUCCCACCUUAGGAAGUCAGUGACAGUGAACCCUGGAGCUGGCAGUCUCACUAGCACAGCAAAGGGAGCUUUUGUGAGCGCCCUGCAAUUCUUAAUUUUUCUAUACAUGUGAUGAACUCUGGAUCCAGCUUCUUCAGAACCACAGAUUCUAUCUGCUAAAGACUUCAAACUGCUUCUUCAAUAAGAAGCUGCUGUCAGAUGUUAGUAUAAAACAUAGGAAUGUAUGUAUUAGGAAAAUGGAAAAGGAAAAAGGAGAAAUAUGUGAAGAUGGUACUUCAGUGAUUAGACUGAUGGAAGAAAUUAUCAGUUUCUUCACAGUUACAAGUUGUGAAUUUAGAAACACGGAGCUAGAAACUUUUGAUUAUUGAGGCAAGGCCUCAGAAUCACAGUCCUUACGCCCCCUGUUAGUGACAAACUGGCCAACCUUGUUGUAAAAUGCAGUAAAAAUGCAUCUACUUUUUAUGCAUCUACUUUUAUUUGAAAGCUGUUACAGAAACUUGCUCUGCAGUUUCAGGCCUUCUAAAUUUCAGUUUUAAAUGGAUGGAUGUUUGAUUAUGCUUUAUUUUGGUCUUAACCACUUCUCAUUUGACUUAAAAGUUAUUUGGUCUCUCAAGUGUUUGAAUCACCACUGUAUUUUUUUUCUUUCUUUUAAAAUACAGGGGGUUUCUAGUCAUCCUCCCUGUGCCUGUUCAUUUUGGAGUCUGUUCUUGGUUAGAAUUAGCCAAACAGAAUGUGUUCUGAGUCUUAUAAAAUUACAUCAAUAACAGAAAGCAUCCUAUGUCCUGCCUUUUUGUCACUGCAUCAUCCUGUCAUUAUUGUUACCCCCUGUGAGAAACAGAUCCCUUCAGAUGUGUCAGCUUACUUUGCUCUCAAAUGGCAAACUCAUAGCAGCUGCAAUUCUCAUUUGCCCCAAGCGCAUUACUUUGUGUCUGGUUAUUGCACAUCAUCUCCUUUCUACUUCUCCAAGCCUCAAAUUUAUGUAGUUUUGCUUGUAUCAUGCUCCUUUUCUCUGAACUGAAAAACUAGUUGUCAGAGAUGCUAUCUUGUGCACAUUGCAAAGUUCAGCAGCUUGGGAGACAGUGCCUGGGAGCUGAUGUUCAGGAAGACUCUCCUGAAGCAAACUGCAGAAAUGAUACUCUCAUUCAUUUGCAAAAACACAUGGCUGUUGACCUCUUCUGGAGGUCUAAUACUGUGUUCAAGGUUUGAAAUAGUUAUUAGUCAUACACUGCUAAGAGCAGAAUGGGGGGUUGAUAUUAUUAUUAUUCAGGCCUUGGACCAGAAUUUACAUGAAGUGGCCACGCUGCAAAGAGUGGAAUCAGUGUUUGUUCUUGAGCUGUCUUAUUGCAGUGUAUGGUUCUGAAUGUGUGUGCAACUAACACUGAGCAUAUGCCCUCUACUUGCAGGGAAGUAGUACAGGCAAAUUGUGUCCGCUGGAAGAAAAAGUUCUUCUUUAUGUGUAAGAUCAGUGCCAGUGCCACAACAGGGAUUCUGGAUACUUGCACUUGCAGGGUGUCUGUAAGGAAGGAAUUAAAAGGAGGAAAGGCAUAUGCAAAGCUGGGAUUUGCAGAUCUAAAUCUAGCAGAGUUUGCUGGAUCGGGAAAUACCACUCGUCGCUGUUUACUGGAAGGUUACGAUACCAAAAAUACAAGACAAGACAACUCCAUUCUCAAAGUUUUGAUCAACAUGCAGUUGAUGUCUGGAGACCCGUGCUUUAAAACGCCUCCUUCCACAGCAACAUCUAUAGCAAUUGCUGGAGAAUCAGAGUCUUUGCAUGAAGACAGGAAAGGUGGAGAAAACUUACAAGUAGCACAUCUGGGUAUAACAGACGUCUCAUCGAAGAGUGCCUCAGUCCCAGAUGAACUUGGUGCAUGUGGACAUUCCAGAACAUCAAGCUAUGCAAGUCAGCAAUCAAAACUGUCAGGAUAUAGCACAUGUCACUCUAGAUCAUCCAGUCUGUCUGAACUCUGCCACAGGAGAAACACCUCAGUGGGGAGUACCUCAGUGGGAAGUACCUCAACAGGAACUGGAAGUAUUCUAGAGCCAUGUGAAGAGUCAGAGACAAAAGUAACUGAAACUGAUAUUGACACAUCUGUUGAAGAUGCACCACCAGAAAAACAAUGCAGACAUCCUGUAAAGCAGGACUCUGUGGAGUCACAGCUGAAGAGGGUUGAUGCUACCAGAGUUGAUGCUGAUGAUAUAGUUGAAAAAAUACUCCAGAGUCAAGACUUCAGUUUAGACUCAAGUGCAGAAGAAGAAGGUUUAAGAUUAUUUGUGGGCCCUGGUGGAAGCACUUCUUUUGGAAGCCACCAUCUACCUAACAGAGUAGGAUCUGGAGCAUAUGAGCAGGUGGUAAUAAAACGCUAAACUGGAAUGUCAAAUGAGGAAAACUUGGAGCUCUGAUGUUGAUACUUCUGGUACUGUUUGCUGCAAGAGCUGAGAAAGACAAAAUGAACUCAAUGCAAUCUUUUUCUGAAAAGUAGAGGAAUGCCUCUUGCUCAUAGAGCAUCAUCUGUGGUAUGAAGGCAAUGUUUAGCUGUGUACCUUGUGAGAGCACUUAGACCAUUUUUGUAAGCUCUGUCUGAUGUUAGUGGAAUUACUUAAUUUCUGUGAAACAUCUGUGGAAGCAUGUCCCAUUUCAAUAUUUUAUAUGUGAGAUCACUUGUGAUGAUGGACUUUGUUUGUAAUGUUGUUUCUAAAGAAACUUCUGAAAGUUGGUCUUAAAAGAACCAGAAAAAAGUAAUUACCGAAUUUUAUCCUACAUGCCAUUUUAUUUUUACAACAGCUAAUUACUCCUCUCAGUUCAGUUUUUAUCAGGUCAAAGUUAUGGCUUCCAGAAAAACAGGCCACCUACAGCAUAACUAAAAGCUUAAGAGUACUGAGUAGAACUUCAUUGUAAGGUUCAACAGAAGAAGUGAACACCAUGUACAUUUGAAACAAACCCCCAAAACUAAAUAGAUCUAAACCAGACACUAAUCAGUUAUGUUAACUGUAAAUUAAGGAUACUGGUUUAAAUAUAUCAUAUGUGACUUUUUUUUUAUUCAAGUGAUGAAACAAGUGGGAUUCCACACCAAAACACUAAGGCACAGUAGUGUUUUAUCAAGAAAGCUGCCUUGAUUGUUAAAUCUGGAGUUCAGCAGCUGCUCCCACAGAAACUCACUAAGAUAAUGCAUGAACAUUGAGAUUCAAUGGGAUGGUACUGUUUACAAACCAAGUCAGUAGUUUACCACUUAAUUUUUUAAAUUGUAGUUUAAUCUUUCACAGUCAGUGCUUUGCUUCUGUUUUGAAUGUGCCUUGCGGGAUUGGGGGUGUACAGGGAGAUUAAACCAUUUACUAAGGAAUUUAAGCUUUAAAACUAGGUAAACAUCUAUACUAUUAUUAAUAUAACUUGUUGAGAGAAGCACUUUAUUGUAGACAUACUCUGCACACUGAAAAAGUCUUAGUGCGCAACAGCUCUGUUGAACACUUCUUUUGCUGUCUGUCCACUGUUACAUUAGGUCAAUGUACUGUAUUUAAAUUUGCACAAGUAGUGAUUUGCCUGACAGGCAAGAAAGAGCUCUUUAAAUUUUCAUUGAAAAUAUGAAAGAAUCCAUUUUUAAAGGGAUGCGUUGGGUAACAAAUAAUGGUAAUUGUAAACCACAAAUUACUUAAAUGCUUUACAUUUAGUGGUACUGUUUAUCAGUAAUGGCCUGGAAUAAAUAAAAAUAGUGCAGCCACUUCUGAAAGCUCAGAUUUUUCUUUUUUUUUGAAAGCUUCAAAUUUUGCUCAGAGUGAUGUUUAACACCUUAUGGAUGUAAAAGUAGGCCAUAUUUAAUAGGUUAAAUUAGGAAAAGCAGACUUUGUUUUCCAGAAAUCCAUAGUAGAGUUAUGAAAUUUUUAUUUGUAUUUUUAAGGAAAUUUCAGCUCUCAAAGCUAGAAUGCUUCUAUUGAAUAUGAUGAAUAUGAGCUAUUUCUCAGUUUAGGUAUUUACAUACUUUUAUUUCUACUGUUGAUUAUAAUUUCUUUAGAGUGUCUAAUUAGGUAAAAGAAUUAAUACUAAGAUUCUAUUUUUAGCUGCUCUUACUAGAAGUGUGGUAUUAUCAGUUUCUGUUCUCCACAGGAAUUUUACACACAAACUACUCAACUGCUAACAACUAGUAACAACUCUCUAUCGGAACAUUAUAGUCUUCUUUCCUGUUAUAUAACGAAUUCAUACCAAAAAAUCCCACUGCAAGCAAAAGAUAUCAGAAAUCUAAAUACAUUCUUUGCUUUCAGUACUCCUUGAUACUGCUAUACUUGUUGACAAAUCUAUUAUAACUAGUAGUAGUUAAAUGGUAGUUUACUUACAUCUACUAGGAAAACAACAAACUACAAAACAGACUUCUAAAAAACACUGUACAGCUACUUAUGUAAUUCUCAAGGGAAUUUCCAUAGCCCAUUGCAUUUUAUGUUAACCAGCAUAGCUAAUGGUCAUCUAUUAGAUAAUUUGUUUACUAGAAACAGUAUUUUCUUGCCUGAGCAGAUCUUUUAAAUAAUAGGGAAGUUGACAUAGAAAUACAGCUUUUCAUAAAACUGUAUCUUAGUAAUUUAUUCUUCGGACUUGACUUACAACUCUUUGUGAAGUGAUAAUCUAAUUGUGCAUCAUGUAAGUGAAAAAUAACCUUCACAUUCAGGUGCUGUAUUUUCAUUUUUGUAAACUAUGUUAUAUGAAUACUGGAGACUUCCAUGUUGUAAACUGUUUGGGAUGUAUUGGUGGAUUAUGUUUUUUUAACUGUAUUUAAAUACAAAUCUCUCAGACAUUCAAUAAACUCAUGUCUUCAGCUUGGAAUCCA